AUGGAUUCCCUGCUACCCAUAAGAAGUAGAGACAGGAUGGGUUCUUCCAGCUCUGAACCUCUUCUGGGCCACAGCAGCUGCACCAGGCACCACUACAAAGGCGUCAAAAGAAAGCUGCGGCCUGGACGGAUUAUGGGCUUCAUCAUCAGUAUGGUGGCGGUCUGCACAUUCUGUUCAUGGAGUGCCUUGUCGCUUGUCACAUCGGUGGCCAGUGAGCUGGAAUCGUCCGCUGAGGGCUCAGCAGAGUCUGCAGUGCCCCAAAGAACUCUUCUGCAGUACAACAACCUCUCAGCCGAGCAAGAGGACACGCCAAUGGCCAUGAAAUCAUCAGAGAUUAAUCAUGGGGACUACCCAACGGACUACUUCAGUGUGGAGGACAGGCGCCAAGGCUUUGUAGUUCUGCAUAUGUUUGGCAUGUUGUACAUGUUCAUAGCCUUAGCCAUCGUCUGCGAUGAGUUCUUUGUUCCUGCACUCACUGUCAUCACAGAAAAGCUGCAGAUCUCUGAUGACGUGGCCGGAGCCACCUUCAUGGCGGCAGGUGGCUCAGCCCCAGAGCUCUUCACUUCCGUCAUUGGAGUCUUCGUCUCCCACAGUAACGUGGGUAUCGGUACCAUUGUGGGAUCCGCUGUCUUCAACAUCCUGUUUGUGAUCGGGAUGUGCGCCCUGUUCUCCAAAGAGGUGCUAAACCUCACCUGGUGGCCUCUGUUCAGAGAUGUCUCAUUCUAUAUUAUUGGCUUGCUCAUGCUCAUCUAUUUUUUUCUGGAUAAUCAAAUCACGUUGGGGGAAAGUAUCAGCCUGCUGAUGUGCUACACCUGCUACGUGACAUUCAUGAAGUUCAACGCCAAAGUAGAAGUUGUCAUAAAGACCCUUCUGGGAAGCAACCAGGUGGACGAGCUGGAGACUGCACCAAAGGUAAAUGCACCUGGAGAUGAUGAAAACAAGCUGACGGCUAAACCGAGGCUACAGAGAGAAGGCAGCUGUGCCUCUCUACAUAACUCACUCAUGAGAAACAGCAUCUUCCAGCUCAUGAUACACACUCUGGACCCCCUCAGUGACGAAGGACGUUUCAAAGAGAAAGCAUCGAUCCUGCACAAAAUGGCCAAGCAGAAGUGUAAAGAAGAAGCUGCUGCUGCCGCCAAUGCCAACGCUGAUAAAAACAUCCCCAACAGUUCAAAGGUUGCAGUGGAAGUCACACCGCCCAUGAACGGAGUCGCAGGAGGAGACGAGGGUGGUGAAGAGGAGGAAGAUGAAGACCAGCCUCUGAGCCUCGCCUGGCCCGACACCACCAGGAAACGCAUCACCUACCUCGUCAUCCUGCCCAUCGUCCUUCCACUGUGGCUCACACUGCCCGACGUCAGGAGAGAGACCUCAGAAAGGUUCUUCCCCAUGACCUUCCUCGGCGCCAUUUCUUGGAUUGCUUUCUUCUCCUACCUGAUGGUGUGGUGGGCUCACCAGGUCGGGGAAACGUUCUGGAUCACAGAGGAGAUCAUGGGUCUGACCAUAUUAGCAGCCGGCACUUCAAUCCCUGACUUGAUCACCAGUGUGAUUGUAGCACGAAAAGGCCUUGGUGACAUGGCCGUGUCCAGUUCUGUGGGCUCCAACAUCUUUGAUAUCACUGUGGGUCUGCCGUUCCCCUGGCUCAUCUACAACAUCCUCAAUGACUUCAAGCCAGUAGAGGUGAGCAGCAACGGCCUGUUCUGCGCCAUCGUCCUCCUCUUCCUCAUGCUCCUCUUCGUCAUCAUCUCCAUUGCGUCUUGCAAGUGGAGAAUGAGCAAGUUUCUGGGCCUUCUCAUGUUCCUGCUCUACUUUGUCUUCCUCAUCGUCAGCGUCAUGCUGGAGGACAAAAUCAUCGUCUGCCCCGUCACCGUCUGA